UUAUAGUUAAAAUAAUAACGCCGUAUACAUAUAAAUAAAUGUAUUUAUACACAAAUAACAAAAUAAUUAUUAUCUUUUUUUAUGUAUUUAUUAUCUAUGAAAAACACUGAUACGAAAUUUUGAGGUUAAAAUGUGAAUAUUUCAAAUUUGAAAAUAGUGUAAAUUUUGGCGGUCAGAUCUGGUUAUUGUGAAUAACAAAAAAAUUUGAAUAAUUAAUGUGUAAAUUGUGUUUUUAUGUAUUUGUAAUAAAUAUUUAUUUCAUUCAUUAUUAAAGUUAACAAGUAGAUUAUUUAACUGUGUAUGUUUCUUUUUUUAUUAUUGUUUUUAUGACAAAUCCUAUAUUGCGAUCCAUUUAAACUAUGUCGCGAGAUAUUAGAUCAUUCUUUAUGAAAGAUGCAAGAAAUAAUCCAAGUACCAAAGAAAAAGUAGAUAUUACAAAAGAUCAAAAGAAAAAAAGUAGAAAACGUCAUGUUUUAUCCAGUGACGAAGAAGAUGAAAUAGUUCCUACUUCAAAUAAUUGCAAUUUGAAUAAACAUACUGAAAAAAGUCUUAAAUUAGAAGACAUAUUUGGGAAUGAGCCAGUUAAACAAACAUCUUCCAAAAUGGUAAAUCAAUUGCAAAAUGAAAGCAAAUCUAAUGGUAAUGUGUUAAAUGCGGAAAUUACUACAAAAGUAAAUGAACUUCUAUUAUCCCAUUCAAAGUCUCCAAUGACAAAAGAACUUCAAAUUUCACCUCAGAAAUUAAAAUCCUCAUCAGUGUCACAAAAUUUAAAAGAACACCAAAUAAACAUUGAUUCUAAAAGUGAUAAAAUAGUAUCGUCCAAUAAAAUCAAAUCACCUACACUUGAUUCAUGUAGCCAUGUCAAAUCUAAUUCAAAAAGAAAAAUUUCUCCAUUAACUACACCUGAAAACAAAAAGUUUAAACACGGAGGUCUGAAUUCAGAUUCUCAAGAAAGUGGAUAUGGUACUGAUUCUGUACAAUCAUCAAGUAGUAGUGUAUCUUCUAAUAUACCUGAAUCAGUUGAAACUAAACUUUGGGUAGAUAAGUAUAAACCUAUAUCAUUAAAACAAAUUAUUGGUCAAACUGGAGAUAAAAGUAAUGUCAAUAAAUUACUCAAGUGGUUAAAAGUCUGGUAUACUAAUCAUGGCGUAGGUGUUACAAAAAAACUAACUAGACCGAGUCCUUGGGCUAAAGAUGAUGAUGGUUCAUUUUUCAAAGCAGCUUUACUCUCUGGUUCACCGGGUGUUGGGAAAACUACUACAGCACAUUUAGUAUGCAAAGAAUUAGGUUUUGACAUUGUUGAGUUUAAUGCUUCCGAUACUCGUUCCAAAAAACAGUUGCAAAAUAAUGUAUCUGAGCUUUUAUCUUCUACUUCAUUGAGCCCUUAUUUGGGAGGGAAAUCAGUAACUAAGAAACAUGCACUUUUAAUGGAUGAAGUUGAUGGCAUGGCUGGUAAUGAAGAUAGAGGUGGUGUUCAAGAACUAGUAUUAUUAAUAAAAAAUUCUAAAUGUCCUAUCAUAUGUAUGUGUAAUGAUCGAAAUCACCCGAAAAUUCGAACUUUAGCCAACUAUUGCUUCGAUUUAAGAUUUCAUAAACCAAGACUUGAACAAAUUAAGGCAUCUAUGAUGUCUGUUUGCUUUAAGGAAAAAUUAAAAAUUUCUCCAGAAAUAUUGUCAUCAAUUAUAGCGAGUACCGACAAUGAUAUCAGGCUUACUCUUAAUCAUUUGUCAAUUAUUGCAGCUGGAAAAGAUAAUUUAAAUAUUAACAAAAAAUAUGUAAAAAUGGGUCCAUGGGAUGUAGUAAGAAAAGUUUUUUCUUCUGAAGAACACAAAACUAUGAGUAUUAAUGACAAAUGUGAUUUAUUUUUUUAUGAUUACAACAUUUCUCCAUUAUUUGUUCAAGAGAACUACUUGUCUGUGAUACCACAUGAUGUCGAAGGACCAAAAUGGAAGAAAUUUGAAAGAUAUUCAUUAGCUGCUGAUAGUAUUAGUUAUGGUGACAUAGUUAGUGCUAAAAUAAGAUCUUCCAAUAAUUGGAGUUUACUUCCAGCUCAAGCAAUUUUUUGUAGUUAUUGUCCUGGUGAAUUUUUAAAAGGUCAUAUAAGUAAACAAAUAAAUUUCCCCGCAUGGUUAGGAAAGUUUUCAAAAGGAAAUAAAAUGAAUAGGUUAUUGCAAGAAGUACAAAUUCAUACAAGAAUAAGGUUGUCUGCUAGCAAAGAAGCAAUAAACCUUGACUACCUAACUACAUUAAGAAAUUCAAUUCUUAGACCUCUUCAAGAAAAAUUAACAGAUGGUGUUCAGGAAGCUCUUGAUUUUAUGCAGUACUACCAACUAUCAAAAGAAGACUUAGAAUCAUUAAAUGAAUUGACUACAUGGCCAGGUUCUAAAGAUCCAAUGUCAGACAUUCCUGCAAAAGUAAAAAGUGCUUUUACCAGAGCAUACAAUAAAUCUUGUGUAACUUUCCAUGCUAGCAGAAAAAAAAAAGCAACAAUCACAGAUGAUCAGGAAGGUUUAUUAGAUGAUGAAGAUACUAUAGAAAUAGUAAGCGAGGAAGAAGAUGAUGAUAUUCAAAAUGACACAAUGAUUUCAAUAAAAAAGAAGCCUACCAAAAAAGGUUCUUCAUCACCACCAACAUCAAAAACCCAAGGAACAAGUAAAGGAAGAAGUGGAGGUGCUGGAAGGAAAAAAAAGUAGUUAAACUUAAAUUUUUGUGAUUAAAACAUUAUUGUUUCUUUAGUAUAACAUAUUCACCUUAAUUUUUUCAUAAUAUAUAUUACAUUUUUUUUUUACAAUAAAAAGAUUAAUAGAUGGUUAA